GCCCCUCAUUUCUCCUUUCCUCCACAUUCUUCCCUCAUCCAUGGCCACAACAUCCCCAUCCACAGGCGGCGGCCCGGCGAUCUGCUCUGCGCCGCCCCUCGCUCCUCCUGGCGACGCCGGGGCCAUCCACCGCGUGCGCUCUCCUCUUCCUCCCCAUGGCCGCCUUGCUCCCCAUCACCUAUGCCCACUCUGGCAGCCCCAACCCUAGUUCUCUCACACCCCGUAGGGAGAGGAGGAGUGAGGCUUCUGGGCAAGGAGGUGCUGCUGGUUGUGCUGCUGCUGGGCGAGGAGGCACUUGAUUUGCGUUCGCCGACGCUGGAUCCGCGUCCGCCGGCGCUUGAUCUGCUCCGUCGUGGCUCCGACGACCUUACCCUGUGGCUCCGGGACAGGAAGGCUACCCCGACGACAUACAGGAGACCUCAACACGCCAAUGGAUGCAGCCAGCCUCCAACUCACCACGCACCUGCACCAACUUGAUGUAGGGAGAGGAGUGAGGCUUCUCUCACGGGAUGACGCCCAGCCAUGGGGCAGCAGCAACCCAAGGUUGCGACCGACGCCAUCUGCCACCAACGCCACCGCGCCGUCGUCCCCCAGGGCCGACCCUGAUCCCAUGGCAUGAGGUACUAUGCAUUCAUCAUGUUUAUCAUGUGCCCAUAUAAAGUAGCUAACAUUAUUUUUGCUCCUAUUCGUAGCGACGGUGGAGUACGGAGAGAUUUUUUGUUCGGUUAAGAAGUGGUGUCUGUUGGUCAACAAACUAAACUCUAGGCAGAAAAAGCGUUUUGCAAGCACUAGUCUUGGAAAAAUGCUAAUGAUACCUAGUGUGCUCAUGCGCAAAUGUUUGCUCAAGUUCAUUAUUAAAUCGUAUUCGUUGGACAGAAAAAGGUUCAUCAUGCCAUCAAAAAAUGGUGCGAUAUCAUUGCGCACCGAAGAUGUGUUUGACAUUUUCGGGCUACAGAACAAGGGCAAAGAUGCCAUGAAAGCACUAGGAAAAGGGGGGUUAAAGGCGAAGGUGAAGGUGCCUAGUCGCUUUUUAGAUUCCAAUACGGGGGAAAUGAUGAUAGACGACCUGAUUGAGAACAUCGUUGCCAGUGGCACAUACGAUGAUGAUUUCCUCCGUAGAAUUGUUCUGGUUCUUCUAGGCACGGUUCUUGCACCGCAGUCCACGACAGAAGUUCCUAAUGCUUAUUACAAGUUAGUGCAAGAUGUGGAGGCCAUCAAAGCAUAUAAUUGGAAUGCGUUUACGUUACGCGUUUGCGUGGAAGGCAUCACAAAGACCUUAUCAGAUCUUACAAAAUUUACUUGGCCGAUCGGAAACCUUGCGCUCCUACAGUACAUGUUUUGGGAGAAAGUGCAGCCACUGGAUGAUGAGGCAUUUGAUCCAUUAGCUAAUGAGUAUCAAUUGAUGCUUAAUUGGUCAGAAGAUGAGGCUAAGAAGCGUGACGCGUACGACAUGGCAUACGGCCGUGGUAAUGGGACGAUUGAUGACGUGAUAAGUGAGAAGUACAGGCAGACAUUAAUUGCUCAACAAGGAAGAAAGGCAGAGGAAGAAUUACAGCAAGAAUUAGAGCAGGAAGAUCGUGCCCAAAAAAAGAAAGAUAAUAGAGAUGAGGCUUCAUCGAGCAAGGAUAGUACAUUAGAUCAGGUGAUGAAAUGCAUCAAAGAUAUGCAAAAAGAAAUUAGACUUCCCCCUCAAAAAUGUGCUGAGAUAGUAGUGGAGAAGCUGGAGAAGAAAGGUCUUGUCUUCAAGCCAAACAAGGGGUCUGAUGAUGACAUUGAGUAUGUGGAGCAUAGUGAAGACUGGGUGGGGAAGUAUGGUCCAUCAAAAUAUUGGCCAGAUGUACAAUCAACUCCUGCAAAAGAAGAUAUGGACAAUAGGGUGGACGCAUCCUUCACCACUGGGAACGGGAAUAAAUUGGCGCGUGAGAAAGGUGUGCAUCACAACACACCUGGUACAGGAGAUGAAGGCGACCCCUUCGUUAUUGAGGAUAAUGGUAAUUCUCCCAACCCAUCUCUUGCGACGGUAGACACGAAUGACUUUCCAGCUAUUACUUCAACCCCCAAGAAUAUGAAUGAAGUGUCAGACGGGUCUAGCACCGAUAAAUCUGAGGAAUUUAGUAUGGAUAGUCUGAACACCCGUAUUAAAAAUGCGAAAGAAAAUGGCACUGAGGAGAAUGAUGGGAAGGAGAAUGAUGAAAAGGAGAAUGAUGAAAAGGAGAAUGAUGGGAAGGAGAAUGAUGGGAAGGAGAAUGAUGGGAAACGCAAGAGGAAACGGUCAAAAUAUUGACCUUUUCUUCAGAAAGGUGGACGUAAACGUGCAAAGAAAAGUCUAUUUGGUAUAAGAGCUGCUAUGAUUAGUACUGAUUACAUUAAGGAGGAUCACAUAGAGGCCGCGAAGGUUUAUAUCCGGACACUGGCAGAGUCGGAGAAGCUUUGCAGAAAAACUGUUGUGCACAUGACGGGAAUUGGUGGGGAAACAUGUACACCUGAUAUGCUUGAAGCCAUCAUUUCAAAAAAGUGGUUGCAUGGCGGUGUCAUCAAUAGUUAUUGCAACCAUAUGCAGACCCAUAAUCCUCGUGCUGACCGUCACAUAUUAUCAUCUUGGGUGUCCCACUGGCUUAUUCUUCGUGGUGAUGGAAAGGUUAACAACUCUAAGAGGCAUUUUAUGGAUCAUUUCACAAACCAAACUAAAAUGGUGUCUAGAGUUACUGAAGAGUAUUUCAUCAAAGAUAAGGCAUACUUUCCUUUUCAUGUGGACGAAAGUCAUUGGAUAACAGUUCUUAUGCACAACAAGAAAAAAGAGUUUCAAGUUUUAAAAUCUACUGGUAAAUGCAACAAAAGAGUUCUUGCAAAGAUUGCUAAGCUGGUAAGCUUACAACGAUACAUAAAACAAUAUAUAGUUAUUCGAAACGUACUUCAUAUGGAUUUUUCAUUUUUAUUUCAGAGGGCAGAAAUAGCUAAUGAUACAAACGAGGUGAAUGCUCUUAUUGGAACGAAACAUCCUGACGUAUCUUCCUGGCCAAUAAGGGAGUACGAUAUGCCAUCACAAACAGACGGAGUCUCUUGUGGUCUUUUCGUGGUGAAAUGCGUUCAAAGCUGGGACGGAGAUGAUUGGACAUUUGAGUUCGAUCAAGAUGAGGUUAAUGCUUCAAGGGGACGCAUUCUAGCUGAAAUACUUUUUUCAGAAUGCAACACGAAGGAAGUAGUGAAAGAGAAGAUCCUCAAGAUCAUGGAGAAGAAAUGAGUCGGAGGAUGGGGUGUUGGCUAUUAUCUCCACUAAAUAAACGUGCCGUUGUCGGUACUUGAUACAAUUUUCAUAUUAAGACAUCAUCUCUAUAUUGUAAUGUGGCAUGGUUUAGCAUGUUCCGCAACUAAAUAAAUGUGCCAUGGUCGGUAUU